UCCGCUCGGAGAGCAUCGGUCACUCUUGUCGCAUGGAUAAUAUCGCCAGCGCCAAAAAAAGGAGGAGGAGGAAAAAGGACAAGAACUGGAGCGACCGAGCCUAACCUGCUGCUAGACUUCUUCCUUUUCUACAUAGGCGCGCACUGCUUUCGUGAAAGGAGGGACACGUAAUAGUAUACACGAACGAGAAGGAAGACGGAGGAGGGAAGAGACGGCGACGCAGACGGGGGAGGAGAGAGAGGCUUUUCACUCGGGUGUCCGGCGAAGCGGCGGCAUCGACAGCGACACGCCCGAGGACAGUGCCGUCGAUUGUGCAGUGCGCUAUGGUGGCGGCCGAGUGAUUGUGUUGGCAUGACAACAGCGAGACGCCGGUCGACGAGCCGUGAGAUUCUGGCGCCGGGCGCCGACGCCAGUGCGCGCAAGUAUCCAGGAACUCGGAGGAAAUGCACUCAGACUGGGACCCGCUACUGCCGCGACAGCCGUGUCAGCAUGUGAUGGUUGAGGACGCCGCCCCCGCCGCCCAGCCAUGCCCAGCCCAGCCGCCGCAUCAGCAGCGCAGCCAGCAGCCGCCAUCAACAGUAGCAGCUCAGUCCCGGGGGCGGCGUCUCUAGAGCUCGACCAGCAGGACCAGGACCAGGACGGCAGCAGCUCGAGCAGUUCGAGCAGCAGCAGCAGCAGCAGCAGCUCCUCCAGCAGUAGCAGCAGCAGUUCCAGCACCAGCAUGAGCCCCGAGGAGGAGGCGUCGGCGUCGCCGCCGGCCGCACCGGCUGUGAUCGCGGGCGGCGGCGACUCCGCGUCUGCGAGCCGCGUCGCCUCGCCGCCCACCGCCAGCAAGUUCCUACACGACGACCAGGCGGCGGCCAUCGCCGGCGCCAAGGUCGACACGGGCGGCAUGGCGAGUGCGGCCGGGGCCGGGGGCGGCGCCGCCGACCAGACGUCCGCCCCCGGCGCCGUGCACGCGCAGCAGCCGCCGCCGCCGUCGUCGUCGCACGGCGCUUCGGACGACUCGUGCGCCACCAGCGACGUGGAGAAGUUCGACGGCAAGAUCGUGUACAACCCGGACGGCUCGGCGUACAUCAUCGAGGACAGCGAGCUGAGCGAGGAGGACGCCGUCGACCUGCCCAUCGGCGACGGCUGCAUCGUGGACGGGCGCGGCGUCAGCCUGUCGCAGUUCCAGGUCUUCCCGCAGAUCGCCAACGCCUUCUACGUGUCGCGCAACGCGUCUUUCUACAGCGCGCUGUACGGCGGUUCCGGCGCGGCUCCCGGCGGCGACGGCGGCAGGGGCGCCUCGGCGGGCGUCCAGCCGGCCGCCACCGCCGCCGGCUACGGGCUGCUCCCGGACAAGAAGAUAGUUCCUGAGAUCCCGAUCAUGCACAGCUACCGCGUCUACACCGUGCGCGACGCGUCCGGUAAGAACGCCCCGGCGUCUGCCGGCGACGCCGAAGACAAGUGCGCCAAGGGCGGCGACGCGGCCCAGCCAGACCGCGCCGACGCCAAGCAGGACAAGUACUCCGGCAAAGAUUGUUCCUCAGUUCCUGUCAAGCCCAUCCUCAUGUGCUUCAUAUGCAAACUCUCCUUCGGCUACGCCAAGUCGUUCGUGGCGCACGCGAUGGGCGAUCACAACGUGUCCUUGCUGGAAGACGAGAAGGACAUUCUCGGGCACAAGAACGCGUCGGCGAUCAUUCAGUGCGUGGGGAAGAACAAGGAGCCGCUGGUGUCGUUCCUGGAACCGCUGUCGGCCCCCGUGCCGGCGGUGAUCGCCUCCGACAAGCGCGCCGACCCGCCAACCUCUCAGCACCAGCAGCAACAGCACCAGACUCCGCAGCUUGUUCCUAAAGACCCGAAGCUCCUUUUUCCGGACGGCGGGUCGCGCUCUUCUCCCUCGGGAGGCAACUGUGAUGACAAGAGUGGCUACGGUAGUAGUGAGAUAGUGCGAGGACACUCUGAGGUGGCGGAGAGCCUAGUUGUUCACCGCCGCGAUGCGGACAUUAACUCCUCUCCUCUGGCGAGAGCUAACGUCCAGAAUCUUCAUGUUCCUGAGACUCCGGUCUCCCUACCUCAAAACGGUAGUUCUAGUAAUAAUAAUGUUAACAAUAAUAGUAUUAGUAUAAGUAGUAGUAGUAGUAAUCUCAGCAACAGUAACAGUGUUGUCGGCACCAACGGAAGGAUAGGCGCGAGCGCCAACAACGUGAUGGACCUGACACGCAAGAGCCCCAUUUCGGCGUCCGCGGCGACGACCGGCAGCGCGUCUCCCGGGGCCAGCCCCUCGCCGGGUUCCACCCUGAGCCCGCUGCUGCAGUCGUACCAACAGCACCACCACCACCAACAGCCGCACCAGCCGCCACCCAGCUUCCUCUCCGGCACGACGAUCGGCGUCUGCCCAGAGCACAUGGCGGGCAGACCCAGUGGCGCCGACUGCGCCAAGUGCGAACUCAUCCUGGCCUCGUCGCGCGGACUGGGCGCCGCUGCCGUCGGCGUCUUGGGCGCUGGCGUCCCCGGCAUGCACUCGCGCAACUCUUGCAAGACCCUCAAGUGCCCCAAGUGCAACUGGCACUACAAGUACCAGGAGACGCUGGAGAUCCACAUGAAGGAGAAGCACCCGGAGACGGAGACGUCGUGUAUCUACUGCAUCGCUGGACAGCCGCACCCGCGGCUGGCCCGCGGAGAGACCUACACUUGCGGGUACAAACCGUACCGCUGCGAAGUCUGCAACUACUCGACCACGACCAAAGGGAAUCUCAGCAUACACAUGCAGUCGGACAAGCACCUGAACAACAUGCAGGAGCUGCAGAACGGCGGCGUGGCGGCGGGCGCGGGAGACGGCCAGCACCACCAGCAGCAGACGCCGCCGCCCUCGGUGAAGCCGUUCAGUCCGCACCACCACCACCACCACCAUCCGGCGUCGCAGCAGCAGCACCACAAGCCGAAGCCCACGUUCCGCUGCGACGUCUGCAACUACGAGACGAACGUGGCUCGCAACCUGCGGAUCCACAUGACGAGCGAGAAGCACACCCACAACAUGAUGGUGCUGCAACAGAACGUGAAGCACAUGCAGACGCUGAGCGCGCUCCAGCACCAGCACGGCUCGGCGGCAGCUGCCGCCGCCGCUGGCGUCGAGUCGCUGCUGCACUUCCACCCGGGCCUCACCCUGCCGGGCGACAAGCCGCCCCCGCACACGGAGGCGGCGCUCGCCGACAUGGCGUACAACCAAGCGCUGCUCAUCCAGAUGAUGACGGGCGGCCAACUGCCGCCGCACCUCGACCUGGCGCCGCACCUGGACGCCGGCCUCAACCCCGACACCAUGGAACCGCCGCCCGAGCCCGCAGACCCCAACCCUCAGCAGCUCUUCCAGUGCUGCGUCUGCAACGCCUUUGCCACCGACUCUCUGGAGGCACUGUCGCUGCACCUGUCCGCCGACCGCACCAAGAUCCGCGAGCAGGAGAUCCUCGCGGUGGUCGCCGGCCACUACGUCUGCAAGCUGUGCACCUACAAGACCAACCUGAAGGCCAACUUCCAGCUGCACUGCAAGACGGACAAGCACCUCCAGCGGCUGCAGCACGUCAACCACGUGAAGGAGGGCGGCGCGCGCAACGAGUGGAAGCUCAAGUACUUGUCGUCGCCCGGCGGCGUCCAGGUGAGGUGCCACGCGUGCGACUACUACACCAACUCCGCGCACAAGCUGCAGCUGCACGCGGCCGGCCAGCGCCACGAGGCGUCGUGCCUGCUGUUCGUGCACCUCCGAGACACGGACGCCGGCUCGGGGCCCGGCGAGCGCCUCUACCACUGCGCGCUCUGCGGCUUCUCGGCGCGCGCCAAGCUGCCGCUGCUGCAGCACGUGCGCACGGUCAAGCACCUGCAGAUGGAGCAACUCCACCAACUCCAGCGGCGCUCCGAGGGCAAGGAACCCCACGCUGACAUCUCGGAGGUGUUCCAGGUCAUCGUGCAGCCACAGUACGGCCAGCAGCAGCAACAGCAGCAGCAACCGGCGCUGCCGCCCACGCGCCACGACAGUCCGCCUCAGGCGUCAGCUCUCGAAUGUGACUCGCGCAAGGAACAGCAGCAGCACAGUGUGAAGACCGAGGCAAAGGAGGGCGGCGGCAUGCCGAAGCAGCCCGAGUGCGACGACGGGGGCGGCGGGGGUGGACAGCACGGCUGCCCCUACUGCAACUACAGCAGCUCUUCCGAGAUGCGGACGCAGGCGCACGUCCUGGCACAGCACUCGCAGCUCACCUCUCCGCCGGCGACGCAGCAGCAACUGCAGCAUCACCUGCAGCAGUUUCAGCUGCACCACCACCAUCACCCGCAGCAGCAGCACCAUCCACAACAACAACAGCAGCAGCAGCAACAACAACAACAGCAGCAGCAGCAGCAGGAGUUCCAGUGUCCACUCUGCCAGGACAGCUUCCGCGACCGCGGAAGCCUGGAGCGGCACGUCAUGCAGAUCCAUUCGGUCAACUCGGAGGGCCUCCAGAGACUGCUGCUGCUUGUCGACCAGUCGCACUGGCUCAACGCUGGGGCGCCUGGUCCGCCUGCUCCGCAAACCCCUCAGCUCAGUCAGCAGCAACAGCAACAGCAACCUCAACAGCAACAGCAGCCAGCGCCAAACCACGCCAGUCAGAUGGUCAGCCCGGUCAGUUCCUCAUCGUCUGGUGGCUGCAAGGAGCUGGACACCAGCAAGCACAACAAUUCGUCCGAUGUCAACUCUGUAGACGAGAAUCUACCACAGUCGCCGGUCGACCAUCAGCAGGAUGCGGACGAGAAUCGUUGCCAGACGUGCUCGAAGUCGUUCCGCAGCGUGGACGAACUGUGCUCCCACCAGACGGAGCAGGGCCACCUGGAACUGAAGCAGACGCCGAGCGGGCCCGGCUACCUGUGCUGGAAGAAGGGCUGCAACCAGUACUUCCCCACCGCGCACAGCCUGCAGAUGCACUUCCGCGAGAUCCACGCGCGCUCGGGGGCCCCGGCUGGUCCGGGCACGCCGCAGACCACCACGACGACCACGACGAUCGCGGCGGUGUCGGAGAAGCACGUGUACAAGUACCGCUGCAACCAGUGCAGCCUCGCCUUCAAGACGAUGGAGAAACUGCAGCUGCACUCGCAGUACCACCUCAUCCGCGACGCCACCAAGUGCGUGCUGUGCGGCCGCAGCUUCCGCUCCGUGCUGGCCCUAUACAAGCACGUAGAGACGGCGCACUCCGAGCUCUCCGAGGACGAGCUGUCCGCCUACAAGCAGAGCCUCAUGAACAACCCGCUGCUGCUGGCCGGGCUCAGCGGCCAGGUCCUCGACCCGGCCACCAACGAACUGCUGAGGAAGGAGUCGCUCAAGAUGGAGGCGGCCGACGAGGUCACCGAAGUGGACGACAGCCCUACCAAAGAACACAACCAGAGCCAGGACGACAUCGGCGCCCAGCAGAGCGGCGACGGCGAGAACAGCGACGACUCCGUCAUCUACAAGGAGCAGCAGUUCCUCGAGGACUAUCUCAACAGCCAGGCGAUCGCGGAGGACAGCUACAACGACCCGAACCGCAAGUACAAGUGCCACCGGUGCAAAGUUGCCUUCACUCGCCAGAGUUAUUUGACUAGUCACAACAAGACAUUACUUCACCGCAAGGGCGAGAAACUGAGCUACCCUAUGGAGAAGUACCUCGACCCGAACCGACCCUACAAGUGCGACGUGUGCAAAGAAUCUUUCACGCAGAAAAACAUACUGUUGGUACACUACAACUCAGUGAGCCACCUGCACAAGCUUAAGAGAGCCAUGCAGGAGCAGCAGCAGAACAACAACAAUAAUAACAACAAUAACAACAACAACAAUGCUGCUUCCUCCCACGCCGCCGCCGCGGCGUUGGCCGCCAGUCUGGGCGUUACACCACCACCGAUGCCAAAGACCAACGCGUGCGUCGAGGACGACGACAAGAAACCGUACAAAUGCAACAUCUGCAAAGUGGCGUACAGCCAGGGAUCGACCCUCGACAUCCACAUGCGUUCGGUGCUGCACCAGACCCGCGCAUCCAAGUUGCAGGACCUCGCGAUGACGGGACAGAUCGACCUCAGCAAGCCGUUGAUAGAACAGCCCGAACCGCAGAAGGUGCAGGAUCAGCACAAGAAAAUGAUGCACGAGAUGAUGAGCUGCUCGACACCGAAGCAGGCAUCGCCACCGGCAUCUCAAGGACCUUCUCCUACCUCAUCGGCCUUGACACCAGUUCCUAUGGGCAGUUCGCCCUCGCCCCAGCAGCCACAAGCUCCGCACGGCAUGCUGUCGUGUCAGCGCUGCAACGCCUUCUUUGUCAGCCAGGAGCAGCUGGCUACGCACCAGCAAUUGUACUGUCUGUUUGGUAGUCCCAUGUCACUUUUCUCACCUCCGCACGCCCAACCCCAACCCCAACAACAGCAACAACAGCCAGCACCACAACAGCAACAGACUACAAGAUGCUCUCCGACUCCACAGUGUAGCGACAGGACGCCACCACCAUCUCAACAACCAUCGCAACAAUUGCAGCUCACACAGAACUUGUGCGAAGAACCCAUGUCGCGACUGGCCAUGAAUAGCACCCGAAAAUCCAACCAGGUGUACAAGCAUUUACUUGAGAGCUUCGGUUUCGAUUUGGUAAUGCAGUUCAAUGAGAACCACCAACGUAGACAGCAACAGUUACUAGCUUCCACUUCCGAACAGCCGAACAAUGGGUGUGGUGCUAAUGGCGACGACGAUGUCGAGAUGAUCGAAGUGAAGACUGAACCUCUUGACGAACACCAAGCAGGUGACUUACCGGAGCUUGCCAAAUCUGUGUGUCAGCACUGCCACAAAGAGUUCUCCAGCGUGUGGGUGCUCAAGGCGCACUGUGAGGAAGUUCACCGCGAUCUCGUUCCACCAGAAUUCCUGGAGAAGUAUGCGCAACAGAUCAAGUCGGAACUGGAAAAGAAAUCUGUCGUCGUCGCUGCCAACAUUAGCUCUGAAAUUUCCCCCGAGAAGGAGGCCGUCGCUUUCGACGAUUCCAAAGAGAAGUCAUUGCAGAGUACUCCACCAGCUCCAGACCUGCAGCUCCCGACGACAGCGCCGAGUACUCCGACCGCCUCAUCAACUCCAGCCUCCAGCACUGAUUCAAUCCCGGCGGCUCAGCACCACCAUCACCACCAGCAACAGCAGCAGCAGCAGCAACAACAGCAGCAGCAGCCCCAACAGCAGCAGCAACAGCAGCAUCAGCAACAACAACACCAGCAGCAGCAGUCGUUAUCGAUGUCGCUGGCGCAACAGAUGAACGAGAUGCUGAGCGUGAUGGCGGUGCAGCAGCAGUUGCAGCAGUUCAGUCCGAUGAUGAUGGGCAUGGCGGCCAUGGGGCUGGGCCCCCUGGGCCUCAACAUGGGAGCGCUGGCCGCCAUGAACCUGCAGCCGCCGUUGGUGCCCAUGAUGAUGCCGCCGCCGCCACACUUCGACCCACUGGGCCAGCUCUUCGGAGGGCCUGCCGCCGCCGCCGCGCCAGAACACCUGCUGGCCAAGCAGCAGCACCAGCUACUGCAGCAGCAGCAAGCGGUGACGGCGGCGGCGCAGCAGAAACGAGCGCGUACCCGCAUUACGGACGACCAGCUCAAGAUCCUCCGCGCGCACUUCGACAUCAACAACUCGCCCUCCGAGGAGCAGAUCCACGAGAUGGCAGGCCAGAGCGGGCUGCCGCCCAAAGUCAUCAAGCACUGGUUCCGCAACACGCUGUUCAAGGAGCGACAGCGCAACAAAGACUCGCCGUACAACUUCAACAAUCCUCCCUCGACCACUCUCAACCUGGAGGAGUACGAGAAGACCGGGGAGGCGAAGGUGACGCCGCUGAAUCCCCCUCCGUCUUCGGAGGACACUGCUCCCAAAGCGGCGCCUUCGCCGUCGCCUACGACCAACAGACGUAAACAAGCCACACCCCAGCAGCAGACGCAACCACCUCCAGAACAACAACAACAACAGCAGCAACAACAGCAGCAGCAGCAGCAGCAACAACAGCAGCAGCAGCAGAAUCAGAAUCAGAUCCAAACCCACAACCUACAACAACCACCAGCCCCUCAGGCGCCGGUGACGUUGCCAACUGACGUCAUUAAAACGGAACCUAGAGAGACAUCUCCACAGACAGACGCCUCCUACAGUAGCGUGUUCGGCGACAUGUCGCAAGACCAACACGCUGUGAAAGACGAACGCCCUGUCGAGCCUAUUGAGGAGAAGCCACAAGUUCUGCUCCCUCCAGCGACGUCUUUACCUGGUGGAGGGCUCCCUCAGACGUCGGUGGCAACUACAACCAGCGAACCGUGCCCUCCGCCCCAGACGAGUUUGCGUAGUAACUCCCCAGGAAACUUGACGCUCACGUCCAUCAUCGCGUCGCAGCUGGGUUCCGACUCCAUCAUAACGAGCCACAGUGCAAUGGCCGCGGUCUCCAGCGUCCCCUGCAGCAACACUAUGAGCGGCAACACCAGCACGACCGUGAGCAACAUGCUGCCGCCGAAGCUGACCCCGCCGAACUUCGCGUCCCCGGGCCAGCUCCCCACGUCGCCGAGCAUUCUGCCCCUGGCGCCGGCGUCCAGAAGCGCGAGUCCGUGCCGAUCGUACACGAGCAACUCGUCGGACGGCUUCGGGCACGUUUCCGCGGCGGGUGCCGGGGGCAACGGCAACACCCCGACCGGCGGCUCGUCCGGGAAGAGGGCCAACCGGACGCGCUUCACCGACUACCAGAUAAAAAACGCCCGACAGAAGGCCAGAAAAGUUUACGAGAACCAGCCACCAGUGGAAGCGCCACCAGGUGUCGAUGAUGGCGGUGCCAACAGAUUCCAAAGAACUCCUGGGCUCAACUACCAGUGUAAGAAAUGUCUGCUAGUUUUCCAGCGCUACUAUGAACUCAUACGCCAUCAGAAGACGCACUGCUUUAAAGAGGAAGACGCUAAGAGAUCUGCUCAGGCCCAGGCGGCUGCUGCUCAAAUUGCUGCCGUACUGUCGUCAGAAGAUUCCAAUUCUAGCACCAUAGCUGAUACAACUCAACACCAGCAGCCACCUGUGAUACCACAAAUACAGCAACAACAACAGGUGCAGCUUCACCACCAACAGCAACAGCAACAGCAACAACAAUCCCCACAACAGCAACCGCAGCAGCAACCAGUACAACAGCCACCGUUACAACCUCAGAUUCAGUCCCUGUUGCCUGCAAUACCAGCUCCAUUACCCACCAAUCCCCAAACACCGUCGAGGACUAUCACGCCGACACCAGCUUCUGUCUUAUUUCCUCCCUCUCCUAUCCCUACCCCUGCUACAUCAACCAGUGGCGACAAUACAAGCAAAGAAGGUACCUUCCAGUGCGACAAGUGCAAUUUAGUGUUUCCUCGAUUUGACUUGUGGCGAGAACACCAGCUGGUUCAUAUCAUGAAUCCCAACUUGUUUCCAAGUUAUCCACCCGAUAGCCCUUUUGGAAUAUUGCAACAACAUGCUCAGCUACAGCAGCAGCAACAACAGCAGCAGCAACAACAGCAACAGCAGCAGCAGCAACAACAACAACCACAACCACAAAUUGUUGCUGGACUGGGAGUCGCCGACUUGUCGGUGAAUUCGGCGUCCCCGCACGCCCAUCCCUUGGCGUCCAUGCUGACGGCAAACAAAAGGAAAUUUGACGAAUAUGAAGAGAAUUCCGAACGUGACCAAGAGCAACCAAAAGACAAGAGACUUCGGACAACGAUUUUACCGGAGCAGCUCGAUUAUCUGUACCAGAAGUAUCAGCUGGAAAGUAACCCUUCCAGAAAGAUGCUGGAAAACAUUGCACGCGAAGUAGGACUGAAAAAGCGCGUCGUUCAAGUGUGGUUUCAAAAUACACGCGCCAGAGAGCGGAAGGGACAGUUCCGAGCUCACGCUCAGGUCAUCAACAAGCGCUGCCCGUUCUGUCCAGCCCUCUUCAAGGUGAAGUCCGCGCUCGAGUCGCAUCUCGUCACGAAACACGCUGACCAGUGCACCAGAGGGGAGAUAAACAUCGAUGCGCUACCAGACGAAGAACUGAGCAUGGAGUCGACGCCGUCAUUCACAUCGUCGCAAAUGGGAGACGCCAGCAAAAUGGGGUCAUCGUACGGCACGGCUACGCCGACGCAGAAUCUCAUGCCGCCACUUUUUCCACCAUUCCACACGGAUAUGGAGAACUCUCUGAAGAAGUACUACGAAGAGUCUAUGAAGCGGUACCUCAGUGAGCUGCAAGCUCACCACACGGCGCAGCAAAACGGCUCCAUUACUGGCGUCAAAGAAGGCGGCAUUCCGACAGAUCUGAGUAUGAAAAUCAAACAAGAGCCAAUGACGUCCGGCGGUGAGGGUGGCGGCGAGUGUCCACUGGACUUGAGCAAACCAGUCGAUCUCAGCAGGCCGAUGAAGAUCUCUAUGGACCACAACACUUCGCUGACGGAGGCCGGUCCUCUGACGGAUCUCAGCGAGCGCAGCAUAUGCUUCGAGGACGAUUCCAUGUCGGAGACGACAGAGAAUAUGGACGGUUACGAGAGCAGUCCAACUUCUCCGGCGUCCAGCACGCAGAGCGGUCAUCAGAGGCAUAUGAACGCUUGUAGCACCCCCGUGGGGAGCGGCACCGGCGGCGGCAGCACGGGCAGCGGGCCGGGGAGUGGGGGCAAGCGCUUCCGGACUCAGAUGAGCAGCCUGCAAGUGAAGGCGAUGAAAUCCCUCUUCAGCGACUAUAAGACACCGACGAUGGCCGAAUGCGAAAUGCUCGGCCGGGAGAUCGGCCUACCAAAGAGAGUGGUGCAGGUGUGGUUCCAGAACGCGCGGGCGAAGGAGAAGAAGAAUAAACUGGCGCUGCAGAAGGCCCUGGUCGGCGACGGCAACCCUCCGGCGCCCACGACGACUCCGGAGCGGCCGCCGGAAGAGUGUCGCCUGUGUCAGUUCAAGUACUCGCACAAGUACUCCGUGCAGGACCACAUCUUCACGAAGAAGCACAUCGACAAUGUGAAGGCGUACAUCGAGAGUGGCAAGGCGGACGCUUCCGGCAACACCAGUGACGGCGGCGGCAGCGGCGGCGCCGGCGCCGAGUUCACGGUACCACCGGUGCCCGUGGCGGGGUCCUCUACGACUGCUCCGGUCCAGCAGCCGAUGGGAGACUCAGCGGGCGGAGUGGCUUCCGGCCAGCAGUUCGUGGCGGCGGCUGCUGCGGCCGCCAACAUGAACCAGCUGGCGCAGCUGCAGAUGCUGCAGAUGGCCGGCCUGUCGCUCAAGCCGGAGGCGGCCACCGGCGGCGGCGGCGGAGCCGUCUCUGGCAGCACCGGCGGGGGCGGAGGCGGAGGACCCGGAGGCGGCGGCGGCACCGGGUCUGGCGGCGGGGCGGCGGCCAAGGAGGGCGACGAGAUGGCGCUGUUCCACCAGCUGUACGGGCUCGGCCUGCCCGGCUUCCCGCCGCAGGGCAACCUCUUCCUGCACCCCGCGCUCUUCUCCGCCACCGAGGAGUCUGUAUAGCACCAACGGUCUCUCGUUCGAAACCAGGCAACAGACUGGCGCUGCCGGCCAAUGGACACUGUUAGUACCAGAGACACCGAAUUUUCCCCUGUUGUGCAUCCCACUCUUCUGUGCGUUUUUCGCCUGUCUACCGCCGCUACUUAUCUUUCUGUUUGUUACGCAAGUUUGUUUUUGCUUCAUUUUUGUAUAAUUUAGACAUUUUGUAUUUUAUUUGCUCUACGUUAUAGUCACGAAGUAUUUAUGAUUUAAUUUAUGAACACUAAAAAAGUGCGUAGUCACCAUAAACGGAAACAAGUGCCUUCAUUGUUAUAUAGUUAAACUAGAGAGUAUCUGGCCCCAGAGUGCCUUGUAUAGAAAUGUGUAUUAUUUAAUAGAAAAAAAACUCGAGUACCUCGCAUACUUAUGUUAUUUAAGAAAAGAAAGAGUAGUUCUGAAAGAAAAGCUAUUUGCGUCGUAUUAUUUCUUUUUAAAUCUCUUUCUCAUGUCAAUACGUCUUGCUUUUUGAUCUGUGUAUAGUAGAGUAUUUGCUUUCAGCCUUAGAAACAUAAGCAACUAAGUUGUUACAUACAGAUCUUUCGUAUU